AUGCCCGAAUCCGUCCGAGCAGUACUCGGGUCUUCGGCAACCCUGUCGGCAACCUACGCCACCUCUCGACCAAUCAGGUCCGUCGCCUGGUUCAAAGUGGAUUCAAAAAUCUCCUCGAAGCGCGACCCGGUCCUGGCCUUCUAUCCGAGUUCCGGAACCAGUCCGGAAACCUUCGGUAAUUUCCGUGGCCGGGCUCGGCUCAUCGGGAAGGCUUCGUUAAGAGUCGGGUCCACGACGCUACAGGACGACGGGCUGUACGUGCUCGUCAUUUCCGUUUCCGGUGUGGCCAUCGAGGAAGGAUUUGUGCGGUUAAACGUCAUGGUCCCUCCGUCUGUCCAGGUCGGUCCCUCCGACCCUUACGUCACACGGUGGGGUAAGACCGUGUCUCUGACGUGUACGGUCAGGGGGUCACGACCCAACAUUACGUCACUGUACUGGGAGAAGGACGGCAGCCGGAUAGACGUCAACGUCAUGAAGUAUUUUGGCGGGAACCGGGAGAUGCCGUCGCUGAUGAUCCGUCAUGUGACCAGGGCGGAUGCGGGGAGGUAUACCUGCAUAGCGGAACAUCCGGUCAGGCCAGCGGCGGCAGGACUAGCGCUGCAGGUGUUGUGUGAGUAG